AUGGCUACUUCUCCCUUCCUUAUCUUCUCAAAAAAACCAAAUUUCUUUAGCUGUAAAUUAAUUGCAAAUCCGACCCGAAGACCGGUACCGUACUCCGAGCUCACUCUCCUUCAGGAAGAUUCUACACCUCGCCAUGCUUCCUCCACCUCCGCCUUCUCGUCGAGCCCGUCCUCAUUCUUUCAGAGUCGAUCUACAUCACCUACACAUGUCAACGUAUACGGAUCAUCUCCAUCGGCAUCGAAUAUACGAUUUUCUCUCAACAAUCGUCAAAUUUCUCCGAGUUGUUCGAUCUUUGUAAUUACGAGGAGUAAUAAUAGUAAUCAAGCGUCAAAAAAGCAAUUAGAUAAACCAAGGAGGAUGUGUAUGUGUUCUCCUACUUUGCAUCCAGGCAAGCUGUUCGAUGAAAUGCCAGGAGACGAGUUUUGGUCUGAACUAAAAGCCAUCAGAUGGUAUCUUGUUUCUGUUGACCCACCUUUGACCGGACUUCCAUGGUUAGUGCCAGAUAAUACAUGUGACCUUAAUUACACCCCUGUUGGUGAGAUGCGAACAGAAACAAAGUUGCUUCCCCAAUGUUGGGAGCAAAUUAGUCACAUGUAUGAGGAAGGCAAGCUGCUUGUAGCUCAAUCAUGUGUGGAGCUUAUCAACCGAGUUGAAUUUAUUCAAUGUAAAUCAUUUCUGCAUAGGGAUAUAAAGCCAGACAACUUCCUUAUUGGUUUAGGGAGGCGUGCUAAUCAGGUCUAUGCUAUUGAUUUCAGGCUAGCCAAGAAAUAUAGAGACUCUUCAACUCAUCAGCACAUUCCAUAUAGAGAGAACAAGAAUUUGAUAGGGACAACUAGAUAUGCAAACAUGAACCCAAGCCUGAUGAAACAUAAGAGAAGUAACAUUGUUGGGUUACCAGUUUCAAUACUUCUAUUGAAGGAAGAUGUAACAGUUACUGUUGUUCAUCCGCGUACAGAGGAUCUAGAAAGUAUGAUUCAUGAGGCAGACAUUUUUAUUGCUGCUAUUGGACAACCCAUGAUGGGUAGUUGGAUAAAAGUGGGGUUGUGGUUAUUGAUGUGGGGAUGAAUGUGGUCAAUGAUGCUACCAGAAAAUCAGGAUAUAGGCCUCUGGGUGAUUUUGGCUUAACCCAUUAAGUGAUUCUGCAUAGAUUAACUUGAAGAUGGGGACAUUAUCUGCUUCCAAAAACCUCUCAAGGGCGGAACUGUAAAAAACCGCUAUCAAGAUGUUCCAUCUUUUCUGGAAUAUGUUCAUAAUCAUCAGGUUGUACACUUUCGUUCACUCGAGAAACCAAAAGAGGAUCAGUUCUCAUUGGA